GUGAAAAUAAAAAAAUAAAAAAUGAAAAAAUUCAUUUAAUCCACUUUUUUUUACAAGUUAUAAUUAUUACAAUGGUCCAUAUAAGGGGAAUAUUGCAUUUCCAUUCACAUUAAAGGAAGCAGAUAAUGUCUAUUUCAGCGUUGAGACUUCCGGGUUCUGUGGCAAACAUAGCCACUUGGACAAUAUAAAGAGACUGUGCCUUUAAGGUUUGCCUGUAUGGUUGUGGGAUAUGUGUUUUACUCAGUGUAAUGUAUGCUGGCCGUAAUUAACGUGUAUUUGCUGUAUUGGCUAUCUGCCGAAUGCAGAUAGCUGUUUUUCCUUUCGUUUCACGAACGGCACUUUUGAGGCGUGUGGCGCUUGUUAACCAAUUGCAACAAUGUUGCAAUCGGUAAUUAGAGGCUCUCCUAGGUGGCCGCCGUUCGACUACCGUCCAUGCGGCGGUCGGCCAUCUUGGAUCCUUUGUUCCCUCUGCGGUGUGUGGUCGUCGAGCGCAUGGUACUAAAAAUGGCAACUCGACGGUGCGAACACCGCUGAGCUUCCAGACCGUUCGGGAGUUCCGGGCCGUACGGUAUUUGGUUCCCUAGAAUGCAAUCGGUCUUUUGAACAUGUAUUUUAAUGAAUGUGUUUUUCGUGCAGCGUUCGGUUGUUUUAGCUGGGAUCUGAGCGGUAAUCUCACGAAUGAUGCGCUCAGACCCCAGCUAUCUACCUAACGUCCAUUCGUGCAAAUAGACCGCAUAUUCGAAAAGUUAUGCAUUUUAAUAUAAAUUGUCGGUUCUGCUGCACGGAGGGAUAAUCCACUUAACGGUACAUUCCUGUUGGAGGAUCCCUCUCGUGCAGCAGUGCCUGAUGGGAGAAAUGUCCUGUACAGUAAGUUCCCCAUGUAGUCCACUCUGGGAAUGCCCCUGGGAGAGGACUCAGGAAACCCCUUGCAUGGGGAAUUGUAUAAAUUGUGGAGCUGAAAAUAAAGACCUCAGUUGACUCUCAGAACUGUGUUUCGUCCGGUUACUGGGAGAUUUGGGAUAUUGCCUUGCUUUUUCCAGCGCUUGACUGUGGAUUACUUCCUGAACCAGCGGAAUUCGUGGAUUUAAUAUUGGCGUUCCGUUACAGGUUCCAAGGUGCCUAACUGAUUAAUCCAGACGGUCUCUUUAUGUGCUAACCUCUCCUCCCUAUUUCCCCCACUCCAGUGGGAUUUUAUAGGUUCAAUACCGAAACAUCUUAGUCUGCCAUUUGAAAAUGGGGCAGUUAUUACAGUGAACCGGAACUGUGUGAUUGAUGUCUUUUUUCCUUAUAUUAUUCUGAUGUUCUAGGAAUCAGAUUUUCAGUUUUCUCUUGGUUUUGCCGAUAUACUGUUUGCCACACAGACACUGGAGCAUGCAUACCACAUAGUCCAUGUGGCAUCCAAUACAGUCUCUGAUCAGAUACUUUUUUCCAGGUACCGUACUAAUGAAAUAUUUUUUAUUCCCACUUUAUUCCCUGUGGUUUUACAUGAUUUGCAUGUUAGACAUCCUCUAAACCUGCAGAUUCAGAUAUUUCUCUCUGGUUAUUGAUAGUUUUAAUAACUUAACUAGGUGCUAGGGUGUUUUUUAAAUUAUUUGUGUUUUAAAAAAAUUAUAGGAAGGAUCAGGUAGGAGAGGUCCUAAUAAUUUGUCUUCCUGUAGAAUAGGCCAAUGUUUCAAUAUUGCCCUUCUGAUUUUAAAAUUAUCUGUAUUAUAUUUUGUAAUAAAGGAGUGAUCGUAUUUCUUAAUACUUUCUCUAUUUGUAUAGUUCUUUUCUUAGGGUUUAUCCUCUAAUAGAUUGAUUUUAUUUAUUUUUAAAAUCUUUUUAAGUUCCUUCUCUUAGUGAUUUUUGUUGUAUUUGUUGAAAUUUGUUUUUCACAACAGUGGCUUGAGUUUGAAAUUCGUUUAAUUUGGAGCAAUUGUGACGUACUCUAGUAAAUUGGCUUUGGGAAAUUCCUCUGAGCCAAGGAUCAUGGUGACUGCUCUGUCUAUUGCCAUCUGUUUUAAAAAAAAAAAAAACAUUUAGAAGUAAUAUCAGAUCCAUUAUUAGAAAGGGUCACAUCCCAAAAAUUUAUUUUCUCUCUGUCACAAUUCGGGAACCUAACACGCUAAAAGGACACAGAGAGGAAGGAUGCUAUACCAGUCCUUAGAGUGGCCGAGCUAAGCACACUAAGAAUGGUCAGGAGACAAGCCAAGUAAAAGGAGCCAGAAAACAGGAGAACGAGAAACAAGCCGAGGUCGAAGGAACGGAGAAGACAGGAUAAUCGGAAUAACGAGCCAAAUAAUCGGUAACCAGAGAGCAAGACGAGAAAACUACACUACAGGUAUCACAAGACCACAACAGGGCACUGAGAGGCAGGAAAGGUAAGUAUAAAGAGACGCCGCUCGCCGACAGGUAGGAGGAGGGGAGACCGCGGGCGGCAACGGACUGAAGGUGAGUGCUGCAAGUGGCGUGCAGCCUCCCCUCACAGCCGGCCACGGACCCAUGACAUAACCCCCUCCUCGAGGACUGCCCAACGGACGGGAAGCCAAAGGCUUCAAAGGAAACCGUGCAUGAAAGGAGCGGAUCAAAGAGGGCGCAUUCAAGUCAGAAGCAGAAACCCAAGAUCGCUCCUCAGGGCCGUAACCCUUCCAAUCUACCAGAUACUGCAACCGACCCCGAGAAAAACGAGAAUCAAGCAGAGUAGCCACUUCGUACACAUCACUGGAGAUAGCGCGGAGGGAAUCCGGACGCCUGAGAGGACCAGAGAAUCGAUUACAGAGCAGGGGCUUCAAAAGGGAGGUGUGAAAAGUGUUAGGUAUACGCAUGGAAGGAGGCAAUGCCAGGGAGUAGAACACAGGAUUGACCUUACGCAAUACCUUAUAGGGGCCAAGGAACCUGGGCGCGAAUUUCAUCGAGGGGACCCUGAGGCGGAGAUUCUUAGAGGACAACCAAACCCUAUCACCCGGGACAUAAGAAGGAGCUGCACCCCUACGACGAUCAGCAAAUCUCUUCUGAGUAGCAGCCGCACGGAAAGAGUAGCAUGGACCUGAUCCCAUAUCUUCCAUACAGAGGUGAGGUGCUCGUCCAAAGCGGGUAUUUCAUUUGUAACGGCACCCUCAGCAUAAAAGGGUUAAACUGCCGUUUAGUAGAUCUUCCCUUCCAGAGACACAGGCACAGCUACUGCAGAACACCAAUCCGUCGAACAGGAAACCAUAUGAAUGCUGUAAACAGCCGAAUAGGAAAAACCAUACGAAUAGGUUUACACUCCUAGCAGUCAAACUGGAACAGCAUACAAUAAAUCCCCCCAAGAACGAGACAAAGCUCUGUGUUGAGGGUCAAGCAGUGAACAGUCAGAGCUGUGGGUUUAUUGUGCUUAUGUACACAUUAGUACCACCCACAGGGUUUUGGAACACAACCAAUAAACACAUACAAUACACUCACACACUCCCACACAAAUUCCUCCCCUCUGCCUGUGAUUCAAUUACCUUACACAAUGGGUAAUGUAAUUAUCACAAGCAGAGAAAUUAAAUUUUUCCACAUUAUUCAUAACUUGAAAAGUAUGCAUCACAUUCACAUAAAACUUACAUUUUCAGAAUCAGCAUACUCCAUAUGUCAAAUUCAUACAAAUUGGUCCAAUGGUUCAAAAGAUAGAUCGUAGUCCUUUGUGACCAAAGGAAGCAUGUUUUAUCUGCCCAAAACCAGUACCUGGUUGUCUUUGGAGAUAAUUGGAUUACUAUCCUGGAGAUAAUUGGGAAGUAAUCCAAUUAUCUCCAAAGACAGAGGCAAAACUCCACUGAACACAUGGCAGCCAUUGCACAAAACAGGUACAUUCAACAUAUCCCCAGAUAGCUCAGAUCUGAGCACACAUUAUUACUGAAUGGCGCUCAGAGCACACACAUACAGAUCAAUUGCCAUGGAGCCAAAGUCUUUCCCAUAGUCUUUCAUUAUACGAAUAGGCUCCAUGGCAUAGCUAUCUGGGGUAUCACCGCUCAAACAGGGCAAGCACCAAAUGACCCUGCUUUCAUGUCUUUGCAGGGGAAAAUCAAGCCUUUUAACAUGGGGCCAUAAUCCAAAGGCAACAGGCGAGCAACCAGGCUUCUCCAAUGCAAUGUGGCGAGAUUGGUCUCGUCACAACCUUGUCAGAGAACACGCCGGGAAGAACCCAUAAGCAACCAUAAAAGGACUUAAGCCAGUGGACGAAUGAGUCACAGUGUUCUGGCAAAUUCAGCCCAGGGAAGGAGGUGAGACCAGUUGUCCUGGUGCGCAUUCGUGAAGCAGCGUAAAUAUAACUCUACAGAUUGAUUUGCUCGUUCGGCAGCUCCAUUAGAUUGUGGAUGAUAGGGGGACGUAAAUGACAAGGAGAUCCCCAUCUCAGCACAAAAGCCCCUCCAGAACCGAGAGACAAAUUGAGGACCCCUGUCGGAUACGAUAUCCUGUGGUAUACCAUGCAAGCGGAACACCUCUUUGGCAAAUACUUGAGCCAACUGAACCGCAGAAGGUAAUUUCUUAAGUGGAAUAAAGUGUGCCAUUUUAGAGAACCUAUCAGUCACAGUCAAAAUUACUGUCUGUCCAGCAGAUGAAGGAAGAUCUACAAUGUAGUCCAUGGAUAAGUGGGUCCAUGGUUUCUUGGGCACAGAUAGAGGCAUUAGGAGUCCCGGGGGUUUAACAUUAGGGGACUUACACUGUGCGCAAACACGACAAGCCUGCACAUAAUCCACUAUGUCUUGCUUAAGUGAGGGCCACCAAAAUUGUUGAAGGAGACCCUUGUAUGUUUUGGUAACCCCUGGGUGACCAGCCGUUUUGGCGGUGUGAAAUAAAGCUAACAAUUUCUUUCUAUCUUUUUCUUUCACGUAUAAUCUACCAACAGGUGUCUCAGAGGGUGCUCGGGUUUGGUAUGUCUUGAUACCAUCAAGGAAAAAAGACAAAAUAACCAAAUGGGUAGCAGCUAUUAUCUUAGAUGUAGGUACAAUGGGUUCAGGAGGGGGGGCAAUUGACUCCAAAGGUUCGUAUUGUCUGGAGAUAGCAUCAGCCUUGACAUUACGGUACCCAGGCCUAUAUGUGAUAAUGAACUGAAAGCGUGAAAGAAAUAAAGACCAUCUUGCUUGACGAGAGGACAACCUUUUAGCAUCUGCUAUAUAUGAGAAAUUCUUAUGAUUAGUUAUAACCAGGAUUUUGUGUCUAGCUCCUUCUAAUAAGUACCUCCAUUCUUUAAAAGCCAUCACAAUAGCUAAUAGUUCCCUGUUCCCAACGUCGUAAUUCUUUUCCGAAUCAGAGAGCCUUUUAGAAAAGUAACAACAGGGAUGGAGGGGUUCGUUAUGCGAUAGUCUUUGUGAUAAUACAGCUCCUACACCUGAUUCUGAAGCAUCUACUUCCAUAACAAAGGGAAGGGAAGGAUCAGGAUGGUGUAGCACGGGGCAGUGGCAAAUGCCUUUUUGAGAGUCUCGAAGGCUUUAACGGCUUCAGGAGUCCAAACCCUGGGGUGCAAACCCUUUUUAGUCAGUUUCAUAAUAGGAGAAAUGACUGAUGAAAAGUUUUUAAUAAACCUCCGAUAAUAAUUGGCAAAGCCUAUAAAUCGCUGUAUUGCCUUAAGGCCUUGGGGAAGAGGGCAAGACAAUAUGGCUUCUAAUUUUGAAGGAUCCAUGCUGAAUCCCUGUUCAGAAAUGACGUACCCUAGGAAUUGUACAGAUUUUUGGUCAAAUAAACAUUUCUCUUAUUUACAAUAAAGACCGCUCUGCAGUAAUCUCUUAAGUACCAUCCUCACAUGGGCAUGAUGUGACUCCAAAUCAGGAAAAUACACAAGUAUAUCAUCGAGAUAAACCAAAGCACAGACAUGCAGUAAAUUUCUAAGGACAUCAUUUAUGAAGUCCUGAAAGACAGCAGGAGCAUUACACAGUCCAAAAGGCAUGACUAGAUACUCGUAAUGCCCACUGCGUGUAUUGAACGCUGUCUUCCAUUCAUCAUUCUCUUUUAUAUGAACCAAGUUAUAAGCCCCCCUGAGGUCUAGUUUAGUAUAAUAUCUAGAAAAUUUAACACGGUCAAACAACUCAGUAAUGAGAGGGAUAGGAUAAGCGUUUUUAAUUGUUAUAUUAUUCAGGCCCCUGUAGUCUAUACAUGGCCUCAAAUCACCCUCUUUCUUGGCAACAAAAAAGAAACCAGCACCAGCCGGAGAGGAGGACCUUCUGAUAAAACCUUUACGUAAGGAUUCCUGUAUGUACUCCUCCAUGACCUGGUUUUCUUUCUCAGAAAGCGGGUAGACCUUACCCCUAGGGGGCAUAGUACCAGGUAACAGGUUUAUGGCACAAUCAUAAUCCCGGUGUGGGGGUAGCUUAUCAGCCUCCCUUUUUUCAAAGACCAAUACGAGGUCUGCAUACACAGGAGGGACAGAAACAGAAAGUGGUUUAGCUGUAGGCACAUUAAGUAAGCAAACGGGACGUAAACGGGCCAUACAGUCUUGUUGACAGGAUUCCCCCCAGGAGAGUAUAUCUAAACAACCCCAAUCAAGUACCGUUAUGCAUAACUAACCAGGGAAAGCCCAGAACGAUGGAAGCUGUAGGGGAGUCGAUUAUUUGGAAGGUUAACCUUUCCUUGUGUAAGACACCCAUGGCCAUAACCAUUUCUUGGGUUUCAUGGGUCACCAGAGUUUUAUCAAGUGGUCUCCCAUCCAUGGCCUCAACGGCCAAGGGUGUGGCCUUUUGGAUCAGUGUCAAGGCUGCGGUUUUUGUAAAGUUCUCAUCCAUAAAGUUGUCUGCAGCACCUGAAUCGAUCAAGUCUUUAGUUGUUAUAGUGGUUUGAUUGACCAAAAGACUAACAGUAAUAAAUGGUCUGGAGGUGGACACAUGAGGGGAAAAAAACAUAACACCCGAGGCCGACCCCUCUCUAGGCCUUAGGUGCUGAAGUUUCCCUGCAAACUAGGACAGUUUCUUCGGAGAUGCUCCCUCUUUCCACAAUAAAGGCACAAGCCCACCCUUCUGCGGUACGUUCUUUCAGCUUCAGUUAAGCCUACAGCACCUAAUUGCAUGGGUUCGGGAGGUGGUUGAUUAGGAGGAGGUAAUGCUAGUAAUGCAGUACUGGGUAAAGCAGGUAACCCCUGUGUGUCCAUCCUUCUUUGAAUACACCUCUCUCUAAUACGGUUGUCAAUAAGAAUUAUAUAAUCUAUUACAUCAUCCAGAAGAACAGGCAAUUCCCUGGAUGCUAUUUCAUCUAAUAUGUGGCGGCCAAACCCUCCUGAAAGGCUGUUACGAGGGCGUCGUUAUUCCAAACCACUUCAGCUGCCAGAGUGUGGAAUUCAAUGGUAUAGUCCGCUACAGAUCUAUUACCCUGUCGGACCCUAAGCAGAGCUUUGCCAGCAGAAGCAACCCUGCCGGGUUGAUCAAAUGUACAUUUAAAAGCUGUACAGCAAAAAGUCUGCAAAGGACAUUGGGGACGUAUUCUCCCACAUGGGAUUAGCCCAUGCUAGAGCUUUCCCGGACAAGUGGUUGAUCAGAAAAGCAAUUUUGGUUCUGUCAGUGGGGUAGAAACGAGGAUUCAUCACCAAAUGAAGAUCAAUUUGGUUGAGGAAACCAUGGCAAAACGCUGGAUCACCGCUAUAGCGCUGAGGUGGCGUCAUGUGAACCACGUGAGCAGGAGUGGGUACUGGAUCGGGAAUGGGUUCUGGCACAGCAGUAACAGCUUCUUGAACGACAGGUUGCUGGUGGGCAGUACGAGCCAUUAUGGUUUGUAAAGCCUGGGCAAACUGAUCCAUACGAUGGUCUGAACCAUUCUAGCCUCCUGAUUUACUAACAUCUGUGGAAUGUCAGCAGGUUCCAUGGUGGCCCUGUUGUAAUGUCACGAUUCGGGAACCUAACACGCUAACAGGACACAGAGAUGAAGGAUGCUAUACCGGUCCUUAGAGUGGCCGGGCUAAGCACACUAAGAAUGGUCAGGAGACAAGCCAAGUAAAGGGAGCCAGAAAACAGGAGAACGAGAAACAAGCCGAGGUCAAAGGAGCGGAGAAGACAAUAUAAUCGGAAUAACGAGCCAAAUAAUCGCUAACCAGAGAGCAAGAUGAGAAAACUACACUACAGGUAUCACAAGACCACAACAGGGCACUGAGAGACAGGAAAGGUAAGUAUAAAUACCCUUUGCUUAAUUCUGAUUGGAUAACUUCCAAUCAGAAUUAACAAUCACACGUGUGAGAUAUCUAUGCCUCCCACUGUGAUUGCGGUACUGUUGCUUUAACGCCGGGUCACGUGAGUGACCCCGGCGUUUGCAUAAAUUUGCGACCUCCCAGCGUGCAGCGUUAUACAUGCUGCUGCUGGGAGGCGUGGAGGACGCGAGCGGCGAGCGGCGGAGAGGAUACGCCGCUCGCCGACAGGUAAGAGGAGGGGAGACCGCGCAAGUGGCGUGCAGCCUACCCUCACAGCCGCCCGCGGACCCCUGACACUCUCUAUACCAUUCUGCAGUAAAUUUUAAAUUAUAAGAAUUGUGGUUUAAAAAAUCUACAAGUUGGGUGAAAGAAUGUUCUGUGCCUCGCCAAAUAAUAAAUAUGUAAUCUAUGCAUCUUUGCCAGAGGACCAGGUCUCUCCCCCAGCUAUGCCAAGACCACACAGUCAACUCCUCCCAUCUUCUCAUGAAAAUGUUGGCAUAGCUGGAGGCGAAAUGGUCCCCAUUGCUGUCUCUGUGAGUUGUAGAAAAACCCGUAUAUUUUCAAAUAUAAAAUAAUUGUGUUCUAAAAUAAAAAUGAUGGCUUAUAAAAUGAAAUCCCUAAGUGGGGAGGCACCUUUGGGCGAUAUUCUUUCAUCCUUCUAGUGAGUGAUAUUCUACUUAGCGCAUUCACACUCAUUUAACAGUGUUGCACUAUUAUUUGUUUUUUAUUCAAAUUGUAGAUAUACAGCUGUAUCCUCCUUUUGUUUGCAUGCAAGUGUAAAAUAUAGUCUUAAUCUGUACAAUGUUCCUGUCUCUGAGUAAUGUAAUGUUUCCUUUAUGUCUACAAUUAUUCCAGUGUUACAUUUCUCCCAUUUCAGGUAUCUGUUGGGUUUUCUCCAAAUGAAGUCCUCCCUGGAUCAGAUGUUUCCUUACAGAUUCAGGCAGAAGCUGGAUCCCUCUGUGGCCUUAGGGUUGUGGAUCAGAGUGUGGUGUUAAUGAAACCUGAAAAAGAGCUGACAGCUGAUAAAGUGAGAUAGUCAAUGAUAAAUACUGAAUUGUUGUCAGUGUGUGAACAUUCUGCAUAGCUGUCAUCACCAUUUUGUCUCUGUCUGAAAAUCCUGCAUGUAAUAUCUGUGAUUUAUAUGAUUUAUUUUACUCUUAUUCUCUACUUUAUUGUAAUUCCUUUAUCUUAUAUGUUUCUCUCAUUCUUUACUGCUUAAGUAUACCAUUCCUUUAUACUUUCUGUCAUUGUUUUAAAACAACCCCAUGUGUGUCCUACUAAGGGUUAAUAAGUGUAAAAGGGUUCUUAAGAAUACCCUUUUCAGUCUCCUUAGAUAUAUCUGCAUAUUGUUAAAAGCUCCAAGGUGAAUUGUUAGUGUAGGAAAAUGAGGUUUGCCUUGACAGGGCAGAUGAGCUUACACUUUAGUAAUACCAAAAACACAGUUAUGUAAACCUGCAUAGGGUUUUGGGAUAGUUCACAUAUAACUCUCUUUUGGUUUUUGUUUUGUGUUAAUAUUAUUAAAAAAAAAACAUACACCUACUGUUAAAACAUACACCUACAUUAAGAUUUUUAAGGAGUCGCUGACCUUAUAAGUAGGCAGACUUGUUCCUGUUCAGUCCAAUAUUAUAAGGUAAAACUCCAUUGCAGCUGAUGAUGAUUAAAAAUGAUGGGAUGCUAAACUCUACCCACAGAAUUUCACCAUGCUCUCUGACUUGUUAGGCUCUGCCCACUUCACUUCAUGCACUAAACCAAAGAAGACACAGUCCUUAUCUAAUGCAAUAUAACUAAAAUUUCUGGGGGAUGGUUUUGUGAAUCCAAAAAUUGCACCCUUUUAUUUUUUUAUUUUAAUAUGGUGACUAAAAUUCAGCCGAAUCCACACCUUCUUUGAUUCAAAGAAAAUAUGUUUCAGUAUGUAAACCUUUUUGCAGAGACAUGGGCAUUUAAAUAUUGACAAGGAAAAAUUCAGUUAAAUAGCUGUUUGCAUUGCGAUGAUCAAGACAGGUCGAGUCUCCUAUGUCUUGUGAGGGAUCUCUGAUCGCUAAUGAAUUUGAAAUGCUCACAAUCUUUUCCAGCCUCUGAAAUAAAGUGGUUAAAAAUAUAUCAAAUAAUGUUUUGAAAUCGUCCCAUCUUUCAUUUCACCAUGCUUUUAUUCCAUUCAAAGGUGCACUCUUUAUUCCCUGUCAAUGAUUUUGGUGGGUACGAUGAUCGAUUAGAAGAACGUGACACUUACUGUGGAGAAUCACAUUUCCAGAGAUAUUUUUUAGAAGGGCCCAACAAUUAUGUAGAUGUCUACAGCUUAUUUAAGGUAAUUAUGUCAUUAUUUUUGUUAUACCCUGAAUUCAUAUUUCUAAAUAUCUAUAUUCUUGAGUAAAAAAUGAAUUGUAUGUUUACAUAAAACAGAUACUCUUUGUUUCCUGCAGGGCCAUUGAGAAAAGCCUAAAGAUUGUAUUUAUUUAUUUUUUUAAUUUAAAAAAUAUGUAAGUAAGUAAUUCAGAAAUAUACAUAUAUUCAGUUGAUUGAAAAAAUCUUUAAUGGAUAUAUAUAAAUAUAUAUAUAUAUAUAUAUAUAUAUAUAUAUUAUAUAUAUAUAUUUUAUAUAUAUAUAUAUAUAUAUAUAUAUAUAUAUAUAUAUAUAUAUAUAUAUAUAUAUAUAUAUAUAUAUAUAAAGCACAAAUAAUGGCACUCACCCUUCCUGAUGUAAUGAAUAGUAAAGUGCCCUGGUGCAAUCUUAUGCUGAUAAAUAAUUAUAUUGAAGAAAGAUGCACUCUUCGGUCAUUUUAAGAAUAUUAAUGGUCUUUAAUCCAUCAAAGGUUUACAGGUUGUUUGAUCAACGUUUCGACCCGUUCAGGUCUUCCUCAGGAUCAACUUAUAACCAUAAAAUCAAGAUAUAUAUAGAAAAAGAUAAACAGUACUCACCAAUGGUGAUGUGAUUCCCUCAUCCAUUCAGUCCACACCCGGAAGUGAAAACCAGAAGUCACGUGACAUGCAGGAUCAUGUGAGAGUUAUGCCAGUGAGUGGAGUUGCUAGGAGACCAAUGAAAAUAUUAUAGGAAUGGUCUCAUAUCGGUCUGUGAUUAUGAAAUAUAUGUGGGUAGUUAUUAAAUUUCAUAGGUGAAAGCAGUGUAUAUAAUCUACACACAUUCAUUAAAUAUAUGUGUCAGCAAGUGAUAGAAAUACAGUGUCAUAAAGUGUCAUGUGUAAAAAACGAUCUUACACCAAAGUGUCUGCAACCAAGGUGAAAAUAGAUUUGUGUAGUUAAACAUAUAUACAAAUACCAAAUUAAAACAUAUAUGUCAGCCAUGGACAUAAACUAAAGUAUAUGUUUUUUGUGUAUAAUAUAGAUUAUCUGUUAUUUAAAGGCAUAGGCAGGAGCAAUUUGAAAGGUCACAAUGUAUACCCCAUAAUAACUCUCUAAUAAACAGAGGAGCUUAGAAGUAUCAACAUUUGGACAUCGUUCCCUAAACAAUAGGAACAACAAUUGUUUUAUAUCUUAUAGCGCAAUCCAAGUUAUGCAGAACUUUUUUAUAUGUAUAUAUAUAUAUUAUUCCACCUGUAUAUUAGCUCAAAAAGAAAGUUUUUAUCUGUUCAGUCCCCUUCACCCUAUCCCACACCUGGAGAUAGGGUGAAGGUAAUGGGGAAAAAAAAAAAAAUGUCCAAAUGUCAAAAGGAUGAGAUAGGUAUCUCUCGAAUUGAGAUUAAAGAUUAAUGAGAAAUAGUGCCCAAGGAUAUAGAUAUGAGACUACCAAAAAUCUAAAUAAGUGAAAAGAAUAGAACUCUAAACUGCAAAAAAAAUAAACAGUACAAAAUGUAUCCAAAAAAUAAAACAUUUGAACAAUCUAGAUCCUAGACAUAUAAUAUCUUCAUAGCUUCAUAUAGAGAGGAUUAGGAAUUUUAAAGGUAUACAUUAUAACCUAAUUUAGAAAUAGCAGAUUAAAGAAAAACUGAGUACACAACAGUAUCACAUCACAAUUGGUGAGUACUGUUUAUCCUUUUCUAUAUAUAUCUUGAUUUUAUGGUUAUAAGUUGAUCCUGAGGAAGACCCAAACGGGUCGAAACGUUGAUCAAACAACCUGUAAACCUUUGAUGGAUUAAAUACCAUUAAUAUUCUUAAAAAGACCGAAGAGUGCAUCUUUCUUCAAUAUAAUUAUACAUACAUAUAUAUAUAUAUAUAUAUAUAUAUAUAUAUGCAUUGUUACAUUAAUAUAUAAAUAUAGGAUCAUUUCAUUUUUACAUAAUGUAAUAUAAUAAUAAUAAUACAAAUCAUCAGACUACUAAUAUGAUUUCCUUAUAGAUACAGCAUUGACUUAGUUAAGAUAGUUGCAAUAAAGUCAGUAGAAUUGUAACGUAUGAAACUGAUAUGAUGUACAGGAGCAGGAGGAAUUUUGGGAAAUCUUAGUAGAUUUCAGGCCUACUGUCCUGACGGCAUUUAGACGCACAAUUUAAAAUCUUUCCUAAACCUAAAGUCCUUUAAGAGAUCCCUCUCUACAUACCUCAAAACAGAAUGCACCUGUCAUGGUUAAUUAUAUAUUUCCUGCCUGUUCUAUGUUAAAUUUUGUAUAUAUUGUGUAUUAAUAUUGUUUUUGUGUUUUAUUGUACCCUAUUGUAUCAAUGCAAUGUUUAUGUGGACCCAGGACAUACUUGAAAACAAGAGAAAUCUCAAUGUAUCUUUCCUGGUAAAAUAUUUUAUAAAUAAAUAAUGUUUUUAUAAUCUAACAGUUAGAAUUUUCCUUUGAAUUGCAGGACAUGCGCUUGAAAAUAAUGACCAAUGCGAACAUUAAGAAGCCUGUAGAAUGUCAUCAUUUUGUUAUUGCAUAUAGUAACACAGCAAUAUUCAGACCAAUCUUUUUACGUCGAAAUAUGAAAGACGUUGGUGAGCUACUUUUAAAAAAUAAAUAAACAAAUAUAUAUAUUGGAGAUUGUAGCCAUAUUAGUCCAGUGAUGCAGAUGUAAAAUAACAUAGAAAUUAUAUGUGGGGUUUUUAUUGGACUAACGGAAUUUUAUAAUGACAAGCUUUUGGGAGAACCCCCCUUUCUCAAGUCUAAAGCAAAGACAACGUGGAUGUACAUAUAUUUGUGCAUUUGGUUGUAUUUAUAUGCAUAUCAUUGUAUGUGCUUGUCUAUACUUGUUCACAUCCACUACUUGUGUAUAUGUAUAUGUGCCUGUGUGUCUGUCUAUGCUGUAUAUAGGCCUUCGUGCAUAUUCUGGAAUUCUUGUAUGUGAAUUCAUGCAUUCUUAAUCUAAGUAAUUCAUUUUUUACUCUCCUUUUCUAGCACCAUAUUUGCUUGUUUUUCUCUCUCUCUCCCCCCUCACUCUGUGAUCCUCACAAAAGAUAUUUAUAGCCCUCUUUAUGACUGGUGUCUAUUUUCUAUCCAACCUGUGCCUUAUCUGCACUCAUGUCGCUUUAACCCCUGUAUCACAAUUUAACUUUAAAUUCUAUGUGUCGUUGUGCUUAGAGAUGCUUUAGACUUGAGAAAUGGAGGUUCUCCAGAAAGCUUGUCAUUACAAGAUUCUGUUAGUCCAAUAAAAAAGGUAUCACAAGAUACACAUUUUAUGUUAUUUUACAUAUAUAUAUAUAUUUUUUUUUUUUUUUUACAUUUCUUCUAUAUUUGAGUUCUCUGCUGGACCACCCCUUUUUCAUUUUACUAAGAAUUAUUAUUGAAAGACACAGAUGCGCACUCACACACGCACAUAACUAUAUCUGUGUAUACACAUGUAUUUUCUUUUGUUCCUUGAUUACUCAGAUGUCCUUAUUGGUUGACCAGUACUUGUGUGUCCAUCUUGAUAUAGAAAUCCUACAUGUACCUAGUCCUGUCAUUCCCAUCUACCCUUUGUGGCAUCUCCUAUCUGGACUUAAGAAAGUCUAGCCCAUAUAAGAUGCAGAUAUAACUAUUCACAAUCUUUCACAUGGCUGGGCUGUGUCUGAAAUCAUAUUGCAUAGUCUGCAUAUUGGGUCCUGUGUAGUGUGAUAGACCCACACUUCUCUUGUGCUAUAUGUAUAUUCAGUAACCAUUCUGCAUACUCAUCAAUUUUAAUUUACCUUAGAUGAAACUGAAGUAAUGUCUGUUGCACCAAACAACAUCCCAGAUGAGCCAAAAAAGACAGACAAAGUCAGACAAUAUUUCCCUGAGACCUGGCUAUGGCAGCUAAGCCUUUUAGGGUAAGGAACUGGACUGUUUAAUUUCAAAUAUUUACUAUGACAACAUUAACUUCUAUUAGAUGCUGUAGUAAAUCUUUAUCACAGUGACGUGUUAUGUCUAAUUGUUUUGAUAUGUGUCACAGAGACUCGGGCAGUGUUGAGCUCCAUGAGACAGCCCCAGACACCAUCACGGACUGGAAUGCAGGGGCCUUCUGCUUGGGACCCAAUGGUUUUGGAAUAUCCUCCGCAGCCACUCUUAGAACAUUUCAGCCAUUUUUUGUGGAACUCACACUGCCAUACUCUGUGGUCCGUGAAGAGUCCUUCACCCUCAAAGCCACUGUCUUUAACUACCUGAAGGAGUGUAUAAUGGUAAUGGAUGGAUGUUAAUCUCUAGUGUUAAAAUUAUGUAGAAAUUAAUAGCAUUAAAACAUCUAAUAAAAUUCUAUAGAAAUAACAAUAAAAGAGUGAAACAGAAAUUUGGAAUGACAGGUGUUCAGGAGAUCCUCCCUUUCUGAAGAAAUGCUUUAGACCGACAAAGGAAGAAUCUCUUGAAAGCUUGUCAUUGCAAAGUUUUGCUAGUCCAAUAAAAUUACAGUCCAUAUAAAUUAUUUUCAAUUAACAGCAAACACAAUUUUCAUAUGAAAUCAAAUAUUUAGUAGUAAUAGGAGAUAUUCUUAUAUUCUAUACCAACAAUGAAAAAACUAUAAUGCAGUCUGUAAUAUCCAUCAGAAAACUAAACUUAAUAUAAUUAAAAAAGCUUCUUAAUAAAAAAAAUCAUACACAGGGAUAAAAUCAGAAAUGGAGUUAGCAUAGUGUAAAAUAAAUAAGCACACUAUUUUGUAAAAUGUGUAUUUUCACACCUUAAGCAUAGUUCUUAAAAACAUAUCAAUCCAGUAGAAGUUGGUUAUUCUAUUGUAAAAAGACGUAGUGCGGGUGACGUCAUGCAAAAGUCGCACACACACGUUUUGGGGUCAAGGGCUAGCUACAGCCAAUCGGAUCUGCAAGAGGGUUAUUUAAGCUAACUUAUUCCUUAGCUCAUUGCCCUGUCAUGGUUUCCCUUAGAUGGUUAUUUCCUGAUCUUGUUAUUCUGGUUUUUGACUUUGGCUUCCUUUUGACUUUCUUGAUUUCUGGUACCCUUGACUUUUGGCUUUUUCUUAUCGCUGUGUCUGGUUUAGUGAUGUCGCGAACACAACAUUUUCGGUUCGCGAACCGCGAACGCGAACUCCCGCAAUUGUUCGCGAACCGGGCGAACCUGGUGAACCGCCAUAGACUUCAAUAGGCAAAUUUUAAAACCCACAGGGACUCUUACUGGUUGAAGGGGGGGGGGAGGAGACCUAAUCUCCAUCCCCCCCAAAGCCCCCACCCCUGGGCGGCGGGUGGGGGCCAUAAAGAUAAUGAGGGGGGGGACCUACUGUCCUACCCCCCUGGCCCCCACCCCUGUGGGCCCUAAAAAUAACAAUAAGGGGGGGACCUACUGUCCUCCCCCUCUCCGGCCCCCACCCUAAUUGAACUUUCCCACACUGUGUAAAAUUUCAAGCCAUCCAAUCACAGUGCUCUAUGUCAUUUUACACAGCGUGGGAAAGUUCUUUUGAAUUUUCCCACGCUGUGUAAAAUGACAAAGAGCACUCUGAUUGGCUCAAACCAGCCAAUCAGAGUGUUCUUAGCCUAAUUGCAGGGCGUGGCAAGGCUUUAUAAGCCUUCCCCCGCCCUGCAGAGCUCAGUCUGCGCGGAGCCCUCCAUGGGUGAAGAUGGAUUAUUUUUUUGUGCGCUCGUUUUUUUUUUUUUUUUUUUUAAUUGCGUCGGUUCUUAUGGCUUUUUAUUUGGCCUUUUUUGGGGCUGAAAAAAGAAGAUUGUAGAAGAAAGAAAACAUCAAAUGGUAAGUUAUUUUUACCAAUUUUUUUUUUACAGGUUUUUAGUUAAAGUUCCCCCCAUCAUUAUUUUUAGGGUGAGGGGGGUAGGUAGGGAGAUAUUUUUUGGGGGGCGGGGAGGGGUGACUAAGGUCCCCCCCCUUUGUAUUUAGGGCCCCCACCCACUGCUCAGGGGUGGGGGCUGGGGGGACAAUAGGUCCCCCUUAUUGUUAAUUUUAGGGCCCCCACCCACCGCUCAGGGGUGGGGGCCAGGGGGGGACAAUAGGUCCCCACCUUAUUGUUAAUUUUAGGGCCCCCACCCACCGCUCAGGGGUGGGGGCCGGGGGGGACAAUAGGUCCCCCCUUAUUGUUAUUAGGACCCCCACCCACCGCAUAGGCCCCCCUAUUAGUAUUUAGGACCCUUUUUUUUUAAACAGUGCCACAGGCUGCUCACUGUUUAAUAGACAUGCUCCUACUCGCGGUAUUGCGAGUAGGGGCACAAUUUACUAAUACUAAGUAAUUUUUACGUAGUAUUAGUAAAUUAAUAGGGGGCGGAUCGAACCGCGCAUAUGUUCGCCAUCCGUGGCGAACACGCUAUGUUCGCCAGGAACUAUUCGCCAGCGAACCGUUCGGGACAUCACUAGUCUGGUUCUGUGUCCCUGACCUCGGCUAGUUUUCAGACUAUUGUAAGGUAAGUUAAGUCUGGCCAUUCUAAGGUCCGGUAAGGUGUUACCCUCAGUUCUAGGGUUCUGCGUGCUGGAUCUAUAUAAUCCUGACAUUACGACAUGGCCAUAGAUCCUUCAGAAUUGUGUCAGCACAUAGCAGCUUGUGAGAGAAAGCUAGAGGAGAAUUAUCACCAUAUGGAUCAAUUUGCCCAAUCUUUCAAUACGCUACUAAUACAUAUGGCUCAUUUGCAGCCUGAGGUCCCUUCGGCAGGUACACCCCCACCCAGUGGCGUACACAUAACCCAUGGGGCCCAGUGUGAAAGUGAUCCAUGGGCCCCCACCCUCCCUCUCCUAUAACUCCCUCCGACAGACACACACACACACACACAUACAUACAUACAGAGACACAGACACACAAAGACAGGCAGAUACAUACAGACACAUACAUACACGCACAACACAUACAAAGACACAUACAUACAAACAGACAGACAGGCAUACACACACACACAAGACACACAUACAUACAAACAGAGUUCCCACUCUGACUCCCUGUUCUUCCUCCCGCUCCCGCAGGCUCUGUGUGAUAGCUGGGAGGAGUGAUGUGCACUCACUUCCUCCCAGCAGUGAUGAUUUCAUCAUGGGGGCCUGUUCGCACUGGUAAAGUGCCGCAGCGCUGACCGGGCCCCCUGACAAUCUAUCUCCACCUUAACAUGCGGCACCGGCGGUUUGCCAUGCGGACCGGGGCCGCAAAUGAUGAUGGCGGGCCCCCAGUCGCAGGGGUCUGCAGGGUGGCUGGGGCACAUGGAGUAAUGGGCCUAGUCGCAGCUGCAACCCCUGCGACCACGAUAUGUACGCCAGUGCCCCCACCUACUGUGCCUACACCUAUUGUAUAUAGGGCACCUACUAUCACUUUUCUUCACCCCCGCAUUUUUAAGGUAAUAUUGCCGAAUGUCAGGGAUUCCUUAAUCAAAUUGAGUACCAAAAGUUAAAGCCUCACCUGGGUCUUUCCCCAUGGAUAGAGCUAAAAUUGGGUACUUAAUGAACCAACUACAAGGUAAAGCCUUAGCAUGAUCCCGUCCAUUAUGGGUGAGUAAUAAGACUGUUGCCAAUAAUUAACAGGAAUUUCUUGCGGAAUUCGAAUCAACGUUUGAACCAUUGGGAAGGGAGAUCAAUGCCUCCACUGCCCUAAUGCGUAUCAAGCAAGGGAACUGGUCUUUCUCAGAUUACGCCAUAGAAUUCUGCACCCUGGCUUCUGAGGUAGAUUGGACCAAUAAUGUAUUAAUCACCACAUUCUCAGAGGGAUUAUCCAAAGCUAUCCUGGAUGAGAUUGCAGCCAAAGAACUAUCAGGGAGAAUAAAUGAACAGAUCACUUACGUGGAACAGGAAGAUAACUAUAAAUAGAACCAGACGAAAUAGAUGUAUGAAUAUGUCAUUGGUGCCUCGCUUCUCUAGUCCUGUUGUUUCUGGCCCUCCUGUGCAGUCUGAAACUGAACCUAUGCAGUUAGGUGUUGUCAGAGGCAGAAAUACAGUUUAGGAGAGAAGAUGACCUUUACUUAUACUGUACAAGAAAGGACAUAUGAGAAAUGCUUGUUCCAUAUGUCUGGGAAACCUAAGGACCAUUAGGUGUGAUGGAUAUGUCCCCUGGCACUACCCAAAGUACAUUUCUGCUUAACAUUACUGUUCUAUGCAACAAGAAAAGUUUUUCAUGUAAAGCCUUGAUGGACUCAGGUGCUGCAGGAUACUUUAUCAACAUGCAAUUUGUCAGUAAACACCUCCUACCCAUCAAGGAGAGAUCAUCACCCUUGGUCGUCAAGGCCAUUGAUGGGAGACCUUCAAGAAAUGUCUGUAGGCAUUGUUGUAUUUUUCUGUAUUGAUUUUUCCAUUGACAGGUGAAAGUCACGCUAAAGGAAUCUGAAGAGUUGGAUGAAGAGCCUUGUACUGACUGUCAGCGUACUGGCUGUCUGUGUGCAGAUGAAAGUAAAACCUUCUAUUGGAACCUGAAAGCCUCUAAACUGGGUGAGAAUUAGACCUAAACCUCAUAUUUUAUCUUUUCAUACAAAUAAUUGUUCUCUCUUGAUUGUAAUUUGGAUGGCCAAGCCAGCGAUCAGAUAACAGUUUAAAUCUCAUGUGUGCAAUACUUCUUCAUUCUGGCAGGAGUUACAUUAUAUGUGCUGUGAUCACCCAUUACUCUUUAGCUAACUGGAGUUCUUCACUACAUCACAACUGUAUUCUUCUUAGGUUAUUUAUUUGACACUGUGGCGUACAUACAGGGGCCGCAGGGGCCACAGGGGUCGCAGCUGCGACCGGGCCCUUCACUCCAGGUUGCCCGGUCACCAUGCAGACCACAGCGAUGUGUUGCGGUCCCAGCUCACGCGGUGUAACCACCGGGGGAGAGGUGGCCCCAUGGAUCGUGUGUACGCCACUGCUUUUACAUUUGUGAUGUUCAUUUUAUUUUAUCAAAGAGUUUCUACUGUAUUUAAAACUGUAAAAAAAGAACUGUGUCCCCAAUUUGACAGUUUUCCCAUUUAAAAAUAACUCGGGACAGGAAUUCAUUAACAAGACAUGAUUCAGAUGCAGUCAUUUUUAAACAUCAAAACAAGCUCAGCAAGCUUAUUUCAUUUCAUAAAAUGUGCAAAUGUGUAAUUGUUUUAAUAUCCCAGAAUGUAACAGCCCAUUGUUUAUUGGAUUUGAGAAGUUAGUGUCUUUGAAUUUUUGGUGCAAGAUGGUACAUUUGGGGUAUGAAAGAGACCUUAUUACACUCUUGCAAUUAAUUCUAUGACGCCCAGGGUUCUUUAUAGUCCAGAUAUCACAUCUGUAUGUUACUACUGUGAAUACCAUAGUUCUGACUAUGCAGACUGUAACGGAGCUCCCUCUACCCCGGCUGGGUACCUCUGCCAAGGAGGUCCCGAGGUCCAUAAGCACUGCACCGGACACCGCAAGCGCCAUAGACAACACGAACCACCGGAGCUUGGUUGGGGCCUUGCCGUCUUCCUCCCACCCUGGACCAACCUCCUGGAUCCAGGGACUCAGUGGGAAGGCCUCUCCUCUAGGAGAGUGUAGCUAUGAAGCUCUUACAAGAGCUACUAGUGACAGCAGUAUAUCAGUUCCUUACAAUAAGAGACAGAACUCUAGAUUGAGGGUGAAGUAAGUCUGGUUUAAUGGUAGCCACACUGGCUUUUUAUGUAAGUCCCCAAGCAAGGGAUACAUCCCACAUCCCUUGCUGGGGACAGGGACACAAAACUCACAAACCAAUCAAAACAGUAAUUGGCUCGACGACCACACACCGCAGAGGGAACAAAGGAUCCAAGAUGGCCGACGGCCGCAUGGACGGUAGUCGAACGGCGGCCACCUAGGAGAGCCUCUAAUUACCGAUUGCAACAUUGUUGCAAUUGGUUAACAAGCGCCACACGCCUCUAAGUGUGUGGGCUAUUACAUGGGGGUUUUUCGGUUCACGAACGGCCCGCAAAAGUGCCGUUCGUGAAACGAAAGGAAAAACAGCUAUCUGCAUUCGGCAGAUAGCCAAUACAGCAAAUACACGUUAAUUACAGCCAGCAUACAUUACACUGAGUAAAACACAUAUCCCACAACCAUACAGGCAAACCUUAAAGGCACAGUCUCUUUAUAUUGUCCAAGUGGCUAUGUUUGCCACAGAACCCAGAAGUCUCAACGCUGAAAUAGACAUUAUCUGCUUCCUUUAAUGUGAAUGGAAAUGCAAUAUUCCCCUUAUAUGGACCAUUGUAAUAAUUAUAACUUGUAAAAAAAAGUGGAUUAAAUUAAUUUUUUCAUUUUUUAUUUUUUUAUUUUCACUAUUA